AACUCACUGCACAUCUAUUCUCCGCCAAUCUCGAGCCCUUCACAACCUCAAAAGAAAUCACACAGACCAACAGAUACCUCGUCAAUCAUUCAUCAUGCGUGUCUCUUCUGCUGCUGUCGUCGCCUCUCUGGCUGCCGGUGCCAUUGCGACCGAGUACAAGACCGUCGUUGUGACUGAGUAUGCCACUUACUGCCCCAAGGCCACUUCUCUCGCUGCUGGUCCUGGUACCGUCAGCCAGGGCAGUCCUUCUGCUGCCUCUGCUGCUCAGCCUACCACCGUUACCAUCUCCGGCACUGCCUACACCUACAGCACUCCCCUGGUUACCUCCACCGUGACCCACUGCGACAAGUGCUCUGCCACCGCUGCUCCUGCCACUGAGACCGGCGUUGCCGUCAUUACCGGCUCUGGUGCCUCUCCCAGCGCGGGCUCGGGCUCCUCUCCGUCUGGCUCGGGCUCUGAGGCCACUCCUAGCGGUGCCGACGCUGUUGGCACUGGCCCUACCCCCAGCUCUGGUUCCGGAUCUACCCCCGGUUCCAGUGGCUCUGAGUCCUCCCCCAGCGGCGCCUCCUCCGGCAACACUGGCUCUACCCCCAGCUCCGGCUCCAGCUCCUCCGGUUCCAGCUCUGGUUCCGAGUCUUCCCCUAGCGGUGCUUCCUCUGCCAACACUGGCUCUACACCCAGCUCCGGCUCCAGCUCCUCCGGCUCCAGCUCUGGUUCCGAGUCUUCCCCUAGCGGUGCUUCCUCUGCCAACACUGGCUCUACCCCCAGCUCCGGCUCCAGCUCCUCCGGCUCCACCGGCUCUGAGUCCUCUCCCAGCGGCGCUUCUGCCAUCGGCGGUGGUUCCCUCAGUGAAGGAUCCGGUUCUAGCUCCGGCUCGGCCGGUGCUGGUGCCUCUGCGCCCAGCGGAGCCACGGGAGUUCACCCCCAGGGUGCGAAGCCCACUCCCGGACCCAGCGGUAUCUUCUCGACCCGCCCUGUGAUCCCCUCCGGCCGUCCUUCCUCCUCCAAGCCCAUCCCCUCCGCCUCCGCCAGCGCCGUCGCCAGCUCUGCCCCUAGCUCCAGCUCUUCCUCCAGCACUGGCACUUCCCCCGAGGGAGUCUCCGCUCAGGGUACUGGCUCCAACUCCGGCUCUGCCACUAGCCCCUCCGCUCCCGUCUUCACUGGCGGUGCUUCUCGCGCUGCCGUCGGUGCUGGUGCCGGCCUCGCCACUGUCUUCGCUCUUGUCGCUUACUUGUUGUAAAAUGCCUUUCAAUUACUCUGAAAGACAACCGGCGGCUUUCUCCAAUUUGCCUUUUCUUGAAUAGAAGACACCGGGGAAGAAUGUUGAAGCGAUCUAGAUGAGGAUUCCUGUACUAGAAGCUCGGCGGUUCUUUACCCUUCUUGUCGGAACAUUCUCCAGUUCUUAAUCCGGGGUGGAAGGGCCGCAGAUUUGGACUACCAAGAGCAAAACAGAUAUCCUGCCUGUUUCAGUUUCAGCUCAAACACACUUCACUUCUCCAUGAUGUUGUAUCUUCUGCUCGAC